AUGUUCAUUAAAGAAGACAGCAGCACAGUGAGAGAUACCGGAUCGCUGAAAGAGAUUAUCAGUCUUUGCGGCUUGUUCCUCACUAUACGUGAGGACAUAGUCUACUUCGUCCACCAGUCGGCAAAGGACUUUUUAAUGAAAGAGGAAACGGUCAUCCUUUCCGCCGAACAACUGCACGACCUGGGCUUCCUUAUUGAGGAUGUCCCUCGACAGAGACCUGACCCAGACCCACUGGCGGCGAUAGGAUACUCCUAUGUCUAUUGGGUCAACCACUUGAUUGAUGCCAGCAAGGCUCCGGGUAUGGACAGCGUACAAGAGUACAGGGCGGCAGACAGGUUCCAGCAGGGAAAGGGUCUCUACUGGAUCGAGUCGUUGAGUUUACUCCGGAGCAUGUCGGAAGGGAUGCUCGCAUUAGACAGGCUGAUACGGCAUUUGCAGGGGCUGUCGGGGGCGUCUGGACUUCAGGCGCUUGUGAAAGACGCCUACUGUCUGUUACAAACCUUCAGGCCGGCAAUCGAGAGCCGACCGCUUCAAGCGUAUAUCUCACUAUUCGUAUUCAGUCCAAUACAGAGCUUAAUGCGAGGUCUAUCUGCGCACAAGGCACCGCGAUGGGUCGAGUGUAAAACAGAGUUAGCGAAACAAUGGAGCGCGUGCGAGGCGAUCCUCGAGGGCCACACUGAUGUCGUCAACUUGGCGGCCUUCUCGGCCGACGGGCGGGACGUCGUCGAGGCGUCGAGGAACCAGACCGUUCGGCUCUGGGACGCGGCCUCGGGCGCGUGCCUUUCUUCGUAUGAGGUCGGUUACACCUCCACCGUCUCGUUUGAUCCGACCGGCACCCUGGUCCACACCGACGCGGGCAACAUUUGUAUAGAGGAUUCGAUUUCUUUGGAUAUCGAUACGCAUCCCCAAAAGCCUGCGCAACAGAAAGACUACAUUCUCAGUCCCGAUGGGGCUUGGAUUCUACAGCAUUCCAGGGAGCGCCUCUGGCUCCCUCCCGAGUACCGGCCAAACAUGCUCUUUCACGAGUACCGGCCAAACAUGCUCUUUCACGAGUACCGGCUAAACGUGUCUGCCGUGUUUACAACAGAGCAAGGCACGAACCUUGUUCUCGGUUGCUCGUCCGGUCGGGUCUAUAACCUUCAUUUGUCACGUUUCUGA